AUGCUGAUUGGCGUUGGAGUUUCAGCAGUGCCGCCCUCGGAGGCGCAGCAGGGGAGGCUGACAAACAUGGACCCCUCUGUGUACGCGGUCUUUGAGGAGUGUCGUUACAAGAGUCUACUUUCCAUCUACCACCUGUCCCAGAUUAUAGAUUUUACCAUGUGUGGGUUUUCGGAAUCGACAGAAGUGACCGACUCGGCGGCGCACAAAGGCACGCACUACCACGAUUGCGGUCUUCACAGCGAAGCGAGCACAAAGAGGGAGGAGCUUGUUGAACGGCUAGUAGCGGACGCCGCCAUUAGCUCUGGUAGAACUGAAGAUCUACCCCUCUUCAUUCCCUUCAUGGACGACAAUUCUGACGCCUCAUUCUACUCAAUGGUGCACGUAGAGGCGGAGAGUAGCUCCAACGCAAGUGGUUUGGGGUGCUUAUCUGAGAACGCCGCAAAGGGCCAAAGCAAACAGAGCACCGCACUGAAGGCUACCAGCCCCACCGCUCCCGGAAGCGGAGAGCGUGACGUUAGCCUUUUCCCGCACUUCAAUGGUCACUGGGAGUGCGGCAUCUUCAGCGGAAAACGGGUGUACAUUCAAACUGGUGGCUUCUACCUCGGCCGCGGCGCGACAGCGAUGGUUUACGAGGGGUGGAUGGUUGUCACGGACACGGUGAACGGCAGCGAGGUGUGCCUUGCCAAGGUUCCGGUCGCAAUCAAGGAGGUUACUUUCAAUGCGAAAGAGAGCAAGGUGCGCAACUUGUACGAGCUGGCGUUGAAGCUGCGCAUGAAUAUGGUGCAUCCUGGAAUAGUACACAGCUAUUACGCGGGCACGUACGUUCCACGCCUAGCUGACUUCUGCAGAGCGGAGAAGGCGAUGCUAUACGCGCACCUGGUGUUGGCACGCAGUGUCACGGGCAGUGUUGCCGAUGUGCUGAAGCGUACUGGCCCACUUCCCGAGUCGGAGAUCAAACGGUGCAUGGCGGAGAUACUGUCGGCGCUUCAAUGCAUUCACGAGGACCACAACCUCGUUCACAACGACGUAAAGCCGCACAACAUUCUUAUUUUUGACGACACCAGUGCCUACUACGCUGAUUUCAAGUAUCAAAUCACUGACUUUACCGGUAUUGCACCGGCUACGCCCAUCGCAGAUGUUCUGCGGGAUCUUGACGCCAAACUGAAACAGCACCAGAGUAUUUUCUCGGAAGGGGGUACAGUUAUUUAUAUGUCCCCAGAGAGCUGCCUGGGGAUGGCGACGCUGACCAGCAACGACGUAUGGUCGCUUGGCAUCACGGCGUUCCACAUGGCGACGGGAACGCUGCCUUGGGGACCACUGGAGAGGCAGUAUCCUAGUAUGAUUCUGAAUGGGUACCGUCAAAAAUACACCUUGCAGAGCCUAGUCGACAUGGAAGUCAAAGGAGCAUAUGAAGCUUCUAGUGCUUACCUGACUAGGGCGAGCACCCCGCUGGAUCCUGACAGCAACGAUAAGCCACGUGUCAGAUUUCACGACAGCAGCGCUGCUGGCUCGAGGGCCGCAGGUGGUGACAGUUGCACAAGCCAAGUAUUCCGAAACCAGUACAAGGGGUUUGGCCCAAUCCUUGACGUGUUGGACGUGGUUAGCAUCUCCAGUGAAUUCCGUAGCUUCUUGGCCCAGUGCCUCAUUGAGAACCCAGUCGAGCGCCCCACAUGUCGCCAACUGAGAAGCCACCCGUUUGUGAGAGACGUAAAGGUGGCGUUGCAGCACUGA